AUGCAGGCUCGAUCGGAUGCAGUCCUUGCUCCAUCGACCUCAUUACAGUCCUUUCGAACGUCGCCCUCCUCCAUAUCACCACCACCACAACAACCACCUCCAUUUUACAUAGGCGGUGUUGCUUCUUGUGUUGCUACCUUUGUCUCUCACCCUUUCGAUCUCACCAAAGUACGAUUGCAGACCAUCAAAAAGCAAAUGCGCAGUGGAUCGGCUUUAUCGGCGUCGGCAUGGUGGCGUACUGCAGCCAAGCAUGAAAACAUGCUGAGAAUUAUGUGGACUAUAUCACAGACUGAAGGACUAAGAUCGCUGUACAGCGGGUUAUCAGCCAGCCUUUUACGGCAAGGCACCUAUUCCACUAUCCGAUUCGGCUUGUAUGACAAAUUCAAAUGGCUCAUUGCAGGUGAUACAAAACCUACCUUUGGACAGCUCUUGUUUUGCUCUACAGCAGCUGGUAUUUUGGGUGGUGCAUUUGGCAAUCCAAGUGACGUGGUCAAUGUACGCAUGCAAAAUGAUGGUCAACUUCCACCCUCACAACGUCGCCACUACAAGAAUGCUAUCGAUGGAUUGAUUCGUAUUUGCCGCGAAGAAGGUCCCCAGGUGUUGCUUCGAGGAUUAGGAUACAGCACCACAAGAGCAGUCGUGAUGACCGUAUCACAAAUGACGAGCUAUGAUGAAUUCAAGGAUCUUUUCAGCGAUAAGCUAGGAUAUGGAAAUGGUCUUGUCACUCAUUUUGGAGCAAGCGUAUCGGCGGCGUUGGUGGCUACAACCAUGUGUUCUCCAUUGGAUGUUAUCAAGACGCGGAUCAUGAGCGCACACAAUGCCGAAUCCAGACGCCCUAUCAGUUUGAUCAUUCAUAUGGCCACGAUGGAAGGAAUCGGUUCAUUCUUUAAGGGAUGGCUGCCGGCAUUUAUUCGACUUGGACCUCACACCAUUGUCACUUUUCUUGUCAUGGAACAACUCAAAGACUGGCACGCUCAAUGGGCUUUGAACAAAUCACAGAUUAUCGAUACAGCAACAACAUAA